AUGUCCGACGUCCCACCAACCGAGUCCAUUCCCAAACCAGAGGAACCUAAAGAACCACAACAGUCUCCUCAGCAACCUCAGUUCCAGCAAGUACCUCCGAAUUACUACCAAUUUCCACCUCAAGGUUACUACCCACCACAAGGCUUCCCGAACUACCCUCCUCAGCCUAUGCCUUACUUCCCCAACCCUUGGUUGUUCCAGCAAGCUCCACCCCAGCAAUUCCAAUUCCAAUCUCAAUCGAAGAGAGACCAAGACUUCGAAGAAGGUCUGAACCGCUUACGCAAAGAGUAUGCUACAGCUCCAAUUGAGAGAAA